CUGUCCGCGGUGCUGAAAUCCAAGCGCAGGGUUGGGGGCUGAGGUCAGGGGAGGAGAGGAAGGGGUGUGCAGGGUCUGGCGGGAGGCACAGCCCAGAGGUUGAACAGAUCUGACCCACAAACACCCUGGAGCACCUCAAGAUGGACCAGGAGAAGGCUAGGUCCAACAGGUUUUGUUUACUGUCACCGCCAAGGACAUGGCUGGGUGUCCACAGAGGGACCCAGAGACAGUAUCUACUGAUUCAUUCACUUACUCACCACUUAUUGAGGAACUACAGUGUGCAGUGUAGUGCUUUGGAAUCUUGGGGCACAGCAAAGAAAGAGAUAGACAAAAACCCUGCCAUAUCCUGAGAUGAGAGGGAGACAGAUUUGUGGUGCUGGUCACACUGCUCACAAAAUCACAUAUGCACACUCUACAAGCACAACCACGUGCACACAUUGCAAACACAUGAACACAGACACACAAACAUAUAUAUACUCAGCAGACACACAAUAUCACAUAUUCAAACACAUUCGGCAUACACAUACUCCCAAAACAUGGACCCACACAUUCUGCAAAUACACACACAUACAAACACAUACUCAACACAGACUCACCCAAAAACCUAUGUACACAUUUGCAAAUACUCGGCAAACACAGACACACACAAACACAUAUGUACAUAAACUCACGCUCUGCAAAGCUCAUACUUAGGAAACACAUACAUACAUUCAUACACACACAAACACAUACAUUCAACUAUCCUAGGCACACCUACAUGACCCAAAACCAAGGGAUGCCUAGUUGCACACAAAUUCUGACCCAACACACAGACACAUUAUUCUCUCAACACAACACAUGGACUCACACCCACAUACCCACGGCAGGAGUAUUUUUCUCAUCUGAUUCUCUCCCUAGAAUGUCAGCUGUCUGAAGGUUGAGAUUUCCGCAUCUUGUUCACCACUGCAUCCCCAGAACCCAGCACACACUGCCACCGUAUCCUGAACUUGAUCCUGAGGAGUUUCUGCAGCCCCUAGACGCCCAGUUCAGCAAACAGCUGGCUCUCAUCUCAGGUGGACAUGGCCUGCCGGGGCCACAUUCAACCCAAUGGCUUGGCCUGGGCCUUGCAACUGACUGUGGCAUGGAUGCUACUGGAAGCCUGUGUAGGAAGCCACCCACUCCAAGCUAAGUCCUGGGGACACCAUGGGCUGGCAGCUGAUCUGGGCACAGGCCAGCUGCACCUGGCAGGGGACCCCCAGGCCUCGGUUCCCAAACCGUACCUGAGGAUCCAAGACCCCGGCUUACAGGAGGCCCCUUUGCCAGGAACUUGUUGUCCUUCAGAGAUGAACACGCCAGAGGCAACGGGCCCUGGGAUCUUUCCAGAGCGCUGUGGGGCUUCCAGCCCCGGGUGUGAAUCCUUCCUGGGACACCUCCAACUUGCCCUCCGCAGUCGCUUCCGCCUGCUGCUAUUGGGGGUUCGCCAGGCACAGCCGCUCUGCGCGGAGCUCUGCGAGGCCUGGUUUGCCGCCUGCGAAAAUGAUGUCACCUGCGGCCCGACUUGGCUCCCACUCCCAGAAAAAAGAAGCUGUGAACCCAGCUGCCAUACCUAUGGGCAGACCUUCGCCGACGGGGCGGACCUUUGUCGCUCGGUUCUGGGCCACACUCUGCCAGUGGCCGCUCCCGGCGCCCGUCACUGCCUCAACAUUUCCACCUCGGCCCUGCCGCGCCCCAGACCGCGACGGCGGGCCCGCGAACCUACCUCCCCGCGCUCCCGCCGCUCUCCCACUUCCAUCCUGGACGCAGCGGGCAGCGGCAGCGGCAGCGGGAGCGGCAGCGGCCCCUAGCGGGCGUCCGCGGCAGACGCAGCCCUUCCCCGGCCCCGCCCCGCGGGGCACCCAGA